GAUGACAGUUAACACUAUCUUGUCAAGAGUUCUUUGACAUUCCUUCGUCCUAUUUGAAAAAAAAUUACCAAAGUCAAAAAAAAAACCGAAAAAAUCAGUCAUAUAAUCGAAAUUUGACCAACAACUACCAAAAACAUGCAGUCCCAACUGCUGAACGCGAUGGCCAGCUCCCUCAAGCCUUCGGCCUUAAGACUGCACAAAAACGUCGCCGCGACGGUAUGUCACAGGAUGUACUCUUCCUCGCAUGAGGCUGACUUAGUUGUUAUUGGAUCGGGACCUGGUGGGUAUGUGGCUGCCAUUAAAGCCGCCCAGCUGGGACUGAAGACAGUGAGUAUAGAAAAGAACCCAACCCUAGGCGGUACUUGUCUAAAUGUGGGCUGCAUACCCUCCAAAGCCCUUUUAAACAACUCACAUUACUAUCAUAUGGCCCACUCAGGAGACUUAGCCAAAAGAGGCAUUGAAAGUGACAACAUUCGUCUUAAUUUAGACUCCCUUAUGAAACAAAAGAGCACUGCCGUCUCGGCCUUAACUGGGGGCAUCGCCCAACUAUUUAAAAAGAACAAAAUCGACCUUAUAAAGGGCCACGGCAAGAUCACAGGGGUGAACCAAGUGACGGCCAUAAAAGAAGACGGUUCCACAGAAGUGGUGAACACAAAAAACAUUCUGAUAGCGACCGGUUCGGAAGUCACGCCGUUUCCUGGCAUCGAUAUUGAUGAGGAACAAAUAGUUUCUUCCACGGGUGCAUUAUCUUUGAAGGAAGUACCUAAAAGACUGAUUGUUAUUGGGGCAGGAGUCAUUGGGGUGGAACUGGGAUCGGUGUGGUCACGAUUAGGCUCUGAAGUCACCGCUAUCGAGUUUAUGCCCACUAUAGGAGGUGUGGGUAUUGAUCAAGAAGUAUCGAAGACUUUCCAGAAGAUUUUACAGAAGCAAGGGCUUAAUUUCAAGUUGGGAACUAAAGUUAUGGGGGCCACCAAGUCUGGAGGAGUUGUCAAAGUGAAUGUCCAAGAUGUUCAGGACAGUGCCAAGACUGAGGAGUUGGAAUGCGAUGUGCUAUUGGUCUGCGUGGGCCGUCGUCCCUACACCGAAAACCUCGGCCUCGAAGAGAUGGGCAUCGAAAGGGACCAAAAGGGUCGCAUCCCGGUCAAUCACGUGUUCCAAACGGUCAUCCCGAAUAUACACGCGAUCGGCGACUGUAUCCACGGGCCGAUGUUGGCCCAUAAGGCGGAAGACGAGGGAAUCAUUUGCGUGGAGGGCAUCAUGGGCGGUCCCGUGCACAUCGAUUACAAUUGCGUGCCGUCCGUGAUUUAUACGCAUCCGGAGGUCGGCUGGGUGGGCAAAACCGAGGAGGAUCUCAAGAGCGAGGGAAUCGCUUACAAAGUCGGCAAAUUCCCGUUCUUGGCUAAUUCGAGGGCGAAAACCAACAACGACACCGACGGUUUCGUGAAAGUUCUGUCGGAUAAGGGUACGGACAGGAUUUUGGGCACUCACAUCAUCGGUCCCUCUGCCGGGGAGCUUAUCAACGAGGCUGUGUUAGCCCAAGAGUACGGCGCCUCGGCUGAAGAUGUCGCCAGGGUAUGUCACGCGCAUCCUACCUGUGCCGAAGCCCUCAGGGAGGCCAAUCUCAUGGCCUACUUCGGAAAACCCAUCAAUUUUUAAUUUAUAAAAGGGUUUCACUAAUUGGCGAUUAAAAGUGCCUUUUUGGCAACAAUGGAGGCAAUAAAUUUAAGCCGAAAAGGUACUUUUAUCACAAGCGAUCACAGUUAUUUUUUUGUUAUUUGUAAAUAAGUAAUUUUUUUUUGUUGUUGUCUAAACUAAGCGGUCACUUUAUUAUUUGUAAGCAGAUUUUAACCGUACGAUAGAGGCGCUAAUAUCGAUAUGCUGCCCCAGCACUAUUUAAAUAAAUUUAAUUUAUUUGUUAAAA